UGAAAUUAAUGAACUUUCUAGGCUUCAGCUCUAUUACGUAUUCUGCCUGUAAAUUUUGGGAAAAUUAACUAAAAACUCCAAAAAAAGAAGAGGAAUCUACAAUAUGUAGUUUAUAAAACCCACCUUAACCAUCUAUAUUUGAAGUUUCAGCAUAGAAGUGUGAGGAAUAUUUAUUUGAUGGGGAAGAUAAAAUAUAAUCUAUUCCUGAAUCAAUAGAUGGAGAUGAAUAGCUACAUGAAGAGUAUAUAAAACCAAAGGAUGAAGAUAGUUCCUCAUAAAUGUCUGAAAAAGAGUGUGUAAGAGAAUGUAGAAAGUCUAAAACAACUUCUAGUAAGAGAAAAGGUUGGAAUUUAUUUUUAUCAUAGGAAAGAAGAGAUUUACUAUUUAAUAGAAUCAUCUUAUAUUGGAAAAUAUAAGAAAAGGCUCCAAUUUUAAUCAAAUAGCUGAGUAGAUUCCAGGAAGUGCCAUAAGUUCGAUCAAAAGAUAAUUCAAUAAAAAACUUCGAGUUCUUAAUGAUGAGUCUCAAAAAUAGGAAGUAGAAAAUACUAUGGUUCGAAUAUAGAUAUUGUUAGAGUAAAAUAAACUUAAUAUCUUAUAUAGAGAUUAAAGUAUUGAGAAAGAAUAAAAAAUAUAGGAACUUAAGAUACUGAUUUCGAAUAUUGAGAUACAUCUUCACCAGACAAAAAAAUUGAUUCUAAAGAAAUACUUAUCUUAAUUUCUAUAAUAGUGA